CGCGCCAUGACGUUGUUGGUGGUGCGGAUUAUGCAGGCGAUUCUGGUUCGCUGCCAGACUUCGUUCUCGUCCUCUUCGUCCUCUUCUUUCUCUUCUUCCUCCUCUUCUUCCUCUUCUUCUUCUUCGUCUUCGUCCUCUUCUUCUCCUUCGUCUUCUUCUUCCUCCUCCUCCUCCUCCUCAUCCUCCUCUCCUUCAUCCAUCUCCGCUUCAAAGAAGCCGCCCAAGCGGAAAACGUUCCCACCCCUAUCGACAUCAACUUUCGCCCGGUGGUACUCCUCCAGCGUCUCCACCCCACGCUCGAAGGAGUAUUGGGCGAACGAAGCGUCCGCCACGAUCCCCUCUUCCCUGUUCAGCCAGAACACCAGCACCGUGUGCGCGUACUCGGUCUUCGUGUCGCUGCUGGCACCCACGAACCGCAGCUUGACCUCGCGCACCGGCUUCGGCGCCUGGUACGUGACCUCCUCGACCCACAAGCCGGCGACUACGUCUCAUUAGAGCACCGCCCCCUCGGGGACGGC